CCAAGAUUGACCCAAAACUCCAUACAUCGUAGAGCCCGAGAAGGAAAGAAGCCGGCACUUUGGACCAUUUGGCCGCCGUGAAAAACCGGUCAACCGUUACGACUCCGUCGCCUCGCCCUCCAAGCAGCCUUACUUAAUUGGCUUCUCUCCUUUCUUAUUUGCAUUUGUUUUUGCUGGUUAAAGCACCAAACUUUUACUAGCUAUGACAUCCCCACACCACCACCAACAAAACCAAGCUUUUACCAUUCAUUUUCAUGGCCGAAGUCAUUCAUGAAGCCGGUGAAAACAUGGCUCACCUCUGCAGGAAAGUGGUCCGUGUAGAUAUUAAGAGGAGUAUUCUGGACAGAGUCUCCAUUUUCCGGAAGCUCUUUCGGUUCAUUUGGGAUAGAAUUCUUGUUUGUUCGAUAGGGUGUAAACCUGACCGUCUGGGUUACCGGAAACUCAGUCUCCGGCCGUCUUCUCCGGCGCCGGAGACCGUCGGAGCCGGGCUGGAUGAGCUUUCCAGGACGUGUAGUAGUGGGUAUGAAACGGAUUCAGAUUUGGUUUCCUUGAAGAUCAGCUUGUUGGGUGAUUGCCAAAUUGGAAAAACAAGCUUUGUGAUUAAGUAUGUGGGAGAUGAACAAGAAAAAUGUUUACAGAUGAAAGGAUUGAAUCUGAUAAACAAAACAUUAAUGGUUCAAGGAGCAAGAAUUGCUUUCAGUAUUUGGGAUGUAGGAGGUGACAGUAGCUCUCAUGACCAUGUUCCAAUUGCUUGUAAAGAUGCAGUAGCAAUUUUGUUUAUGUUUGAUCUCACCAGCCGCUGUACACUUAACAGCAUUGUUGAAUGGUACAAUGAAGCCAGAAAGUGGAAUCAGACAGCUAUUCCCAUAAUUAUUGGCACCAAAUUUGAUGAUUUUGUGAGGCUCCCACCAGAUUUGCAAUGGACUAUUGUAACCCAGGCAAGGGCAUAUGCAAGGGCAAUGAAGGCAACCCUUUUCUUCUCCAGUGCAACACAUAACAUCAAUGUGAACAAGAUUUUCAAAUUUAUAAUGGCCAAACUAUUUAACCUGCCCUGGACGGUCAAGAGAAACUUGACUGUCGGAGAGCCAAUUAUCGAUUUCUGAAUAUUUUUUACUUUCUAGCCCUGAUAUUCCUGUACAUAUUUAUCAAGGAAUUUGUAAAAGAAUGGGAUCAAUUUGUAGCCGAAUCUUUGUAUUUUAAAUUCUUUCAAAGGCAUAGUUCCAAA